AUGAGUUACUACCGCGACGACCCAUACUCCCGCCAUCCACCUACCCAUGCGCAGCACACCACAACACACACGUCCUACCCCGACACCCCGUCCUCAAACUAUUUCGCUCGCCUCUCUGAAAAAGCUGCGCCGGCCGGGACAAUCCAUCUCAACAGCUACGACACCUCUCCUUGCGACUAUCGCUCUACGUCGGACCGUCGCACGUCCGCUUAUCGCACCUCGGGCUGCCUUCAGCCGGUGUACUACGCGCGAUCUCCGGAGAGGGUGGUUAGGGAGGUGAGGGAGGUGCGGGAACCCGAGCGAUAUGUGGAUAGGGAGCCGGUGAGGGUAGAGCGGGUGGAGAGGGUUGUCCGGGAAAGGGAGGGAGGCACGGGGAAAGAGGCGGGACAUAGGCGCGACGGUAGGGAGAGGGAGGAUAGGGGCAUUGUAGGGAAGGGCGCGGGCGCGAUUUGGAAGGCACUUGGGGGGCGGUAA